UUGGAAUCUGCACAUGAUAAUAAUAUGGAUUGGGCAACGACUGUAUCAGAAUCUUCACAGCGUCGCCUUUCUUCGAGCGAUGUAUUGGAACAGCCGUCCGCUUUAGGUUUCGGAUUCACCGACUACAGGACAAAUGCUGAUGAAAUCUGGCAGGAGGUUGCCAAACGAUAUAAGGAAAUAAUCGAAAAGGAUAUCAAACUGCGAAAUUCCAGUCAAACUAUGGCAUCAUUCAAGGUUACGUCCUUGCAAACAGAACAACAGACACACUCGGCAACAUAUCCGUUGGCCCAGUGUCCUCAAGCACAGCCAGUGGAUAAUGAAGAACAAUUUCACCAUUCAGUUGUCAUGCAUCAAAAGGAGAAGAAAGAUACUGAAACGUUUCCCAAAAUUGUUAAAGUAUUUAGCUUAAAACCCUCAUUACCUGUGCAAAUUUUCCGAGAUCAUGUGACCAUAGUCAUCUCACCAAAGGAGGCAACUGCCCAACCCCUUUUUGGAAAGUCAUGGGAGAAUGAACCAUGCGAGCAAAUUGAGAAGGAGACCUUUAACAGCAGCGCAAACAAUGAAGGAGGCAAAAUUCAGACUUAUUAUGACAAUAAAUGUGUACCAAAUUUUCAGUGUACUGGUAUUAGCAGGCGAAAAAGUUCGCGUGAUACCAAUUUUUUAAGGAACCAGCAUAUAUUUGGUAUGGCAGACAUUGAUACAAUGCAACUUGGAGAGAAGGACGUCCAAAGUGGUAGCUUGUCAGGAAGAACCUUCAUGGAAGAGUGGUUCCAAAUACCUUGCAACUCUACACCCGAAAAAAACCCUUUUUCGAAGAAUGAAAGAGUUAAUGAGGCGGAAGUAAUGGUCAAUGCGAGAAAAAAAAACGUCUCGGAGCAAGAACUAAGUAAUAUCGAUGCUAAUAAGAAAAGGAAAAGAAGGAAAAGGAGGGCCAUUUUUCAGCAGGCCAAGACAAGGAGGAGUAAAAAGAGGCGUUUAAUUAAUGAUAUCAAGACUAUCGAUCAAUCUUUGAUAGGUGAAGAAUUCAAAAGCGAUACUGUGAACCAAGCAUGUUCUCAGGUUGAAUACUGUGGCUCAUUUAAGGAUACAGAAACAGAAAUGACGGAGACCACUGCUGGAACACAAGGAAGGUCUGAGAAAGAUACUCAGGAAUCCUUUCAGGAUUCUCUGGCAGUUUUUAAUGGGGAACCCGUCCCCGGUGAGACGGGGGUGAUUUCAAAGGAGCCAGCAGGAAGCAGUAAGGGUAAUGGUUAUUUCCCGUCAGGUACGAUUUCUUCCUUACCUGGUAUUGACAUUCAUCAAAAUAGAAUUCUUCAUCUUAAAGAAAAACUUGCACAGCAGGAACAGGAACUUAAGAAUCUUAAGCGCAAAAAAGAGUUUGAAGGUGUACUAACAGAAGAAGCUGAGGAAGAAUGGUUUGAGCCAAAAGACAUGAAAGACACAGAGUCUCUGGGAGACAACGAAGUGCGUGAUGUAAGCCUUAAGCAAGACACAAAGAUCUGGUCCGAUGGAAAAGAAAUCGAAGAGGCUGUUAAUAUGGGCGAAAUGGAUGAUCUAAAGAACGCGUUUCAGAAGGUGAUCAAAUCAUUCAGUAGAACCUUAGAUGGCAAAUUGUAUUCCACCAGAAGAGUUCCAUACUACGCUCACCUCCCGACAAGGAAUUAUGCGGUAGGCGUCGAUUACAAACGUUUUUCUACUGGCAUCACCAACCAAUUGAUACCCGGGGAUUUUGAUAGUCAGGAAGAGUUCUUGUUUCAGCUAGGUUUGCUGAGAAUCUACUAGCCAAUAAAAGGAAUUCAAGUUUGCUGAUGAAAAUAGUGGUCAUUGUUGCCUUUAGGCGAUACUAUCUACUUGAGUAAUGUGCUCAAAAACUAGGCGUCGCUGAGUUUUACCACGCAUGACUUCAUAUAGUAUUUUUGCCUGAACUUACGUUGAAAAAACGAAACAUUUUGCAGUAACUGUUGAAGUUUCUGCUUGGUUGCAAGGAUUAAUACGGCAUAUUUGAGGAUAAUUUUAUAACAAAGCCCUUAAUUGCAUAAAUUUUCGACUUAACUACAGUAAGAACUUCUGUAAAACUUUUUAUUGAGCUAGCAAUACCUGCUGUAGCCAUCUUUACCAGUUGUCUCCAAUCUCAGCAUUUACGGUGCCAGAGGAUGGAGCAUUGUGGAUUUAACGUCCAGUCUGUUUGUUUAUUUUGGUCAGAAAAAGCUCAUGUGAUUUGAGCCACGUGUUAGAAAUAAAAUUUAGAAAACAUCAAGAAUUAUGAGAUCUG